UUCUCUCCUCCUAGUUUCUAUCACCCCAUCGCUCCGUCUUUUAGUGUUUGCGAUAACAAUGGCGAGUACAGAUCCUGAGCGGAGAGAAGAGGAGGAGAACGUUGCAGUAGAUGACGAAGAUACCGGAGCUCAGGUCGCCCCAAUUGUUAAGCUUGAAGAGGUCGCCGUCACUACCGGCGAAGAAGAAGAAGAUGCUAUCCUUGACCUGAAAGCAAAACUUUACCGAUUUGAUAAGGAAGGGAACCAAUGGAAGGAGAGAGGUGUUGGGACUGUGAAGUUUUUGAAACACAAAGAGUCGGGGAAAGUUCGGUUGGUUAUGCGACAAUCGAAGACUCUGAAGAUCUGUGCUAAUCAUCUUAUUCUGCCGACGAUGUCAGUUCAGGAACACGCGGGGAACGACAAGACCUGCGUAUGGCAUGCCACCGAUUUUUCGAAUGAGGAAUUGAAGGAUGAGCUCUUAUGCAUUCGAUUUGCAUCAGUUGAGAAUUGCAAAACUUUUAUGGAAAUGUUUCAAGAAAUUGCAGAAUCCCAAGGGAAGAAAGAGGAGAACAAAGAUGCUGCUACUGCUGCUGGACUUCUUGAGAAGUUGAGUGUUGGUGAUGCCAAAACUGAGGAUAAAGCUGAGAAAACUGGGGAAGAGGUUCCUCUCACAGUCAAGGAGGAGAAGGAAACUGAUAGUGAGGCAAAAGCAGCAGCAGAAAAGAAUGAGGAAUCACCUUCUUCAGCUUAGGCCAGAGGAGGGAAGUAGGUAUACUUGUCUAGCCAUAGUCUGGACUAUUGUUCGCAGAGGUUAGUAGUUAGUACUCUUUCUGGUGGUUUGCAAAUUUAUAUUUAUGUGGCUAAGUUU